CAUUGCACCUGGUAACCUAAAGAUGUAUUCCGAAGACUCCCUGGAUAUUACAAUCAGACGGGAUGACCCACACUUGAUGUCGGAAUCUCCUCUGUUCCCUUCGCAAUCUUCCAAUACCGGGCCUGGCGGGGACGACCUUUCUCUGUCCGAACUGUCCCUGAACACCAAACCUGCCGCGCCACGGAAACGGUUCAGUUUAUUUGCUCAGCCACCAGAGGAAGACUCGGUGGAUCAAGACGACGAGGAUAAUGUUGAGGGCGAAGAGGAAGACGGUGAAGAGGCGGAGAAGCGGCGGAAGAGUGCUGCGCGGACGAGGGACGAGAAGCUUCAGCACGAUCUGUUCCUUCUACGAAAGCUGAACUCGGCAUUCUCUGUCUACAAUGAGGCACUGCGAGAGGCCAAGACGAGCACCGAGACAGUGUCCGCCCAGUUACAACAGACUGAUGCGCUGCUGGAUAAAUACGUAAACAUCUUAUCGAAGUCUCACUCGGUUGCUGGCUUGAUCUUUGACGAGAAAUGGCACGGUGCAGAGGUGGACCAGGAAGAACUGGAGCGGGAGUUAGAAGAGGCGGAAGCUAGAGCUCGGCAGGAGGAGGAAGAGCGCGCACGUGCGGAGCAGUUAGAGCGUGAACGGCUCGAAAGGGAAGAACAGGAGCGGAAAGAACGUCAAGAGAGGGCGAGGCUAGAGCAAGAGAAGCGGGAACUAGCCGCGGCCUCGAGAGGGAGAGUAACUGGAGUGAGGGGGACCCGCGCUUCCAUGCGAGGGGCGCGAGCGUCUUCACGUGCAGCCUCGACAUCUGGUGCUCCUGGUCCCAGGUCAGCAAGUGGAACUGGCCAAACCGGGAUUCCUCAGGGAGUGUCUCGAUCGAGUUCUUCGCUCUCCCGAGGAUCAGUAAAGAAUAGAGGGAGAUGGAGCUAAGUCGUAGUAUGUGAGAUACCCUGGUUGUCGGAUGGUGGCACUGUAUCGAUAUUUUUGCCUGCUGUAUCACAUUCCUUCUCCGUGCUCUAUAUACCACUGCUAUGUAUGGUUGUUGUAGGAGUUGAGUGAAUUAACUCAUAGCCUGGG